AAUCAUUGUGCAAUUUCUCGUCGUGUGCGCCGGACGUGUCGCUGUCGCUACCGCAGACGCAGUCGCUGCCUUAGACAAAAAGCAAAAAAAUAACGUUGUCUCGCAGACUCGCCCUCGCAAGGCGUCUCCAUUUCAAAUUCUCGCGCGUUCGCGUCCAUGUGUUAGUGUCCGUGUGAGUGUGAGUGCUCUACAUUUUCUUUUAUAUUUUUUUUUGGUUUGUUUUAUUAUUAUUAUUAUUGUGUCGUCGUCGCUGCUGUGUUUUUGCUGCAUUUACAAUCUACACACAAUAUUUGUUUGGUUAUUCGGUAGAGAAUGAAUUUCGAAUGCAAUAUUUGCAAAUCAGAAUCCAAUUGGCAAACGCAGCAGCGCAAAUAAAGUAGCAUGCAAAGUGAAGUGGGCGGCGUUGUCCAACACUGGACGCCAAUAAAUCACUAAAGACAAUUCAAGUAGAGACAUCGAGCGAGAGCAAGCGAAAUGAAAUUGUGGAAAUCAAAGAAGCCCAUUAGCGGCUGUGUGCCCGGCAAGUCGAGCGCCCUUAAGCAGGAGCAGGAGCUUGCCACCAAGCAGCAACAGCAACAGCAACAACAGUUACAACAUCAACAGCAGCAGCAGCAACAGGAGAGCAAUGGCAUUGCGCUGGCGCCCAUGCUAUCUGUUGACCGCGCAAUGAGCCCCGCACAAUCCGAAGACUCCGGCCUGGCACCGGAAAGGGGCACAACCUAUGCAACGAUCACGCUGCCACGCAAUGCCCUCCAUUUGGCCAUCAAUUUCGCAGAGCGCAAUGAUCUAUCGUAUCCACCUGUUAUCGGGGCACUUAAUCCAGUGGGCCAUGCGGCUGAUUUUCUGGCGCCAGGCGAUCGAUUGCAUCAGAUCGAUGGCAUCUCGACAAUUGGGCUGAGCAAUCAGAAGAUCAUGAACAUGCUUUGCGCUGGAGUCGGAGCUGACAACUCGCCGGCGAUUGUGGAGAUUGAAUACUCGCUGCCCGAAUGCACAGUUUCCCAAAAUAGUCUGUAUGUUACCUCGAAACUGGCACAGAUCACCGUGGAGCGGGAGAGCGGUUGCCUGGGUCUAACGCUGCGGGGCGGUGCCGAUUAUCCGCUGAUCGUCACACACGUUCGACUGCACGGCCCUGUCUAUAAGACGGGUCGCAUCAAGCCUGGCGAUCGUCUGCUGCGCGUCGAUAAUAUCUCGCUCAUUGGCAAAACACUGGCCGAGGCACAGCAGAUCAUUAAAUGCGGCCACGUUUCCGGCUACACCAAUCUCACCAUCGAAUACGAUGUCUCCGUCGUCCAGAGCGUUGAGUUCUCCAUGGGGCCGCUGCUCAUCGAAAUCGAGCGACCCAUGAACGACAAAUUGGGAUUGGUGCUCUGCAACUACAGCAGCUCGACGGCCAGCAGCACCGCUGGCACCACCUCCAGCACCGACAAGAUUGACGAGGUCACCCAAUCGGGCAUCUACAUAGCCAGCAUACUACCCGCCAGUAUUGCCGAUCGCUGCGGCGCCUUAUCAGUUGGCGAUCAGGUGCUCUCCAUCGAUGACACAAUGAUCGAGCACACGGCCUACAGUCCCGAUGAGGUGAUGACCAUAUUGGACACGAGCACAGGACGGGGCUACACACAGAUGCAGAUAAUGCCAGCUCAUGCGCUCGCCCGACGCGGUCACACGGCACUGGGCAGCCCCAAGUAUAGCUUCAGCACGCUGGAGUCACGCAAGUCGACGGGCCGCCAGCGACAGCGUUUCGUGCGCAAGAGCUCGCUGCCCCUGGAGGGGGGAGCCGUACCCAACGGAGGAGGCGGAGGAGUUGCCAGCAAUGGGCACUCAAGCAGCUUGGGCUUGUGUCGUGCCGAGAGCUUCCCCGUGCUUCUCGAUUGCAGCCAAGGUGCCGGCAUUGUGUUGGGCAACACGAGCAGCUGCGGUCGCGCCGUCAGCAUUGCCCAGAUCCUGCCCGAUUCGGUGGCGGAUCGCAGUGGCUGCAUCCAGCCGGGCGAUCGCAUUGUGGCCAUCAACAAGAUGUACAGCCUGGAGGCGGUGGCCAUGCGGCAGCUGCUCGAGGGACACCGCAGCAGCAACAAUGGCGCCACAGCUGCUGCCAAUUGGUUGGAACUCGAGGUGGAAUUCGAUAUGCCCGAUGCCGUGGUCCCUUCCAGCGGUGUGUUCAAUGUGAAGCUGCUGCGCACCGGGAAAUGUGGCCUUGGGCUGAGUGUGAGCGGAUCAAAUCAUGCGGGUCUGGUCAUUUCGGAUGUGAAGAUCGGCAGUCCGGCGCAUCGUUGUGGCUCGCUGCGACCUGGCGACAUUUUGCUGGCUGUCGAUCAGCAUCCUGUGCAGCAUUUCAAUGUGGAUGCGCUGCUCAAGGAGUUGCCCACACCGCCCACGGCCAGCGCUGACUUUACCACGCUGACCAUCAAGCGUGUGGUGCUUCCAGACUUUCUGCCCAGUCCCAGUCCCAUCUACAGCAAUUGCACCACAGUUGUGCCCGUUGCUGGGGACAGCGAGCUCUACAGCAGCGCCUAUGUGGCCAAGUACAACGAUUGCAUCUCGCUCAAAUCGAAUACGCCGCAGCCGGAUUACUUUCGUGCCGCCAGCCUCGAUGACACCGGCAGCCUGCAGUCGGUGCAGCUGCGACAUCCCAGCGCUGCUCCCACGGCCAUCUGGCCAGGAGGCGGCAACAGCUGCGCCAGCAGCAGCAACAGUCGCAGCUUUGCGGCGCCACCGAACACACAGAGCCUGACCACCGAGCUGCCCGAGGAGGAUGACGAGCAGGACGAGCACGAUGCGCAUCACUACGGCGGCUACGAGCUCAAUCGCUAUGCCAGCGUUGACUGCACCGCAUUGCCACCGCCGAUGGAGAACAAAGUAUAUGGCUCGGCGGCCAGCUCGAGCAGUAAGAGCAGCGGCAGCAGUCUGCAUCAGAUCAUCUUCACGGUGCGGCUGGAGCCAAAGGGUGGACUGCUGGGCAUCACGUUGGCCGGCAGCGAGGACAUCACGAAGCCUAUUACCAUCAGUGGCUUGGUAGAAGGUGGCAUUGGACACAAGAACGGACAGAUACAUGUGGGCGAUCAGCUGCUGGCCAUCGAUGAGCACUCGGUGCAGGGCAUGCCACUGUCGCAUGCCACCAGCUUGCUGCACAAUCUCGGCGAUCUAGUCGAUCUGAAGAUACUGCGCAGCCAUGACAUCAGCAACACAUCGGCCAGCGGCGUUGGCUUGCCACAGGCUCAGGCGAUCUAUGCCAAGGUGCAGCGACGUCCGCGCAGUCCGUCCGCCAACACGGAGGCCAGCAAUAGCAACAACAACAACGGCAGCAGCAAUAACAAUGCGAGUGCAAAUAAGGAUCAACAGCAGCAGCGCAUCUUUCAUGUCACACUUUACAAGGAUAAAGUCUACGAUGACUAUGGAUUCUCGGUGUCCGAUGGACUCUACGAGCGUGGCGUGUUCAUCAAUCGCAUUCGAAGCGGAGGCCCCGCGGACAUGUGCGGCCAGCUGAAGCCCUUUGAUCGCAUCAUGCAGGUUAAUGAGAUGAAGACGCAGGACUUUGAUUGCUGCCUGACGGUGCCGCUGAUUGCAGCUGCCGGGGAUAAGAUCGAGAUGAUCAUGCAGCGCACGGAGUGAGAGCGACUAGAACAAACCAAUUCUAAUUCUCCAUCAUUCUCCAUCUGCAGCCGGAGUAAACCAAAAGAACAAUUCUUCAUGCUAUUCUAUUCUUUUUUUUUGAGAGAGAUAAUCUUUAACUAGUUGUAUCUUAAGUCUUAGUGCUAAGUGCCAUUUUGUAUCUAACUUAUGUCACAUUUAGACGGUUAGUCACAAGUAAUCUAUAAUCUGUAAUCUGUAAACUCUAAAUUGUAAUCCAUAAUACGCAAAUCCCGUUGAAACUUCCCCAACGAAUAAUAUGAGCGACAAUAAGAUAAAUGCCACCCAAGUGCCUGGAACAUCCCGAACGAACACCUUGCCUUGCUUUUACCAUAACCAAGAAUCGCCAUCUUGCAUCUUUGAAUAGCUCCUAUACGGAAAUUAUUAACUAUAUAUACACACAUACAUAUAUUAUUUUGUUUUAUUUUUAUUUUUGACAUUGACAAGGAGUAAACAAUAAAUAAAAUCAACCUAA